GUUAAAAUACGGUCCAGCGAUGUGGUGUUCACAAAUGAACCGUGCAGACAACAGGAAGGAGAACUGAAAGGAAUCAGAGGAGAUCCAUCCCGUUAUAAGCAAUGCGGUCCCCACGGUACUUUCUGGAUUAUACCCUGUUUACCAGGAUUGGAAUUCGACAGGACCGACAAUGUCUGUCGAAAUCCGCGAAGCGAACUGUCACCAAACGGUGUUGAGGAUGCAACUUCGUUCGAAGGGCUUACCAAAUUUCAGAGCACAGACGUUGAUAAAUCAUUUCCAACGUUAGUCACAAAAGUGCCAACCACAGCACAACCAAGAGUAACACCACGACGAGUUUCUGAAGCCUUCAUUUUUACCUCAUCACGGCCAAAUAAUACUAUAGCAGAAAAACUAUUACUGCUUGAAAAGCUUAAAAAUUAUGCCUUCCUUCCACCUGGACGAACAAUUACAAUCAAAGAAGAAUGGGAUUUUGAUCAAAAAACUGGAAAAGAAGAGCAGAAUACGUUAAAAACGACAACUAAACAAAAAGUUCAAGAAACGAGUGGUCUGAAUAUUAUAAAAACUGGGACCACUGCAAAAAUGACAACAGUAAAUCGCCCUUCAGAUGAUAUUUCGACCACAAAGACAACCACGGAAGCUACAACGUUCAAAAUUUCUCGUACAACAACAUAUACUUUGCCGCCAGAUAUUUAUCGGACCAUUUACGAGACUAAAACAGAAGCAUUAGAAGAAACGUCAACCGCUACCUCACUGCUAGAGCUAAUUGAUAAAGCGAAUUCGAGAGUUUGGGCUUCGGUAACACAGUUACCAACGUCUGAUCCUAUUUAUCUUGCCAUAAAAAAAGGUUCACAACAGUCUAAAAUUGAUAACUCUAAAAGUACGUAUCGGCCGAUGCAAACAAAAACAACCAAAGUUUUGAGCGGUUGUCGUGUCGGACAACGAUGCUACAAGGACGUCAAUGAGGUCAUCCUCGAAUUACUUUGUUAUCAUCCACAUUAUAAAGAGGCCUAUUUACAAUGUUCCCCAGCUGGUCAUUCUCGAAAUGCAUGGACUGAACGUUGGUGUCCUGAUCCACUAAUCUUUGCCGGAGACAGAUGUGAACUUGAGCAAUCUAAGACUUCCGACAAAGUUGAAGAAAUUACCGAUGCAAAACCAAUUUCUUCACCGCCGUCAUAUUUAACACCAAAAAUACCGCAAACAGCUGCCACUAAUCCAAACAUCGUCGAUUACAGUGAUAUAAGGUAA